ACGUGUAUCAUCCAGAUAGUGCAGACAAGUUUUGCGAAUAAGCAGCUAAACGCCUCCAGCAGCCAUGAGCAAAAUUUUAUACUUGUUUUUGGUCAGUACUGUGCUUUGCUUUUCCACACGCCCGACAAUGGGAUGUCACAACUAUCCCCGUGCAAGAUGCCUGAAACCUGAAAAACGUUGCGAAAAGGAGUCAGUGCGACUAGAUGUAGGUAAGGUUAUUAUUGACACCGACGCCGGCCCUGAUGAUGCUGCUGCCAUCUUCAUGGCUCUGAAUGGGCAGAUAUACAACUCGGAGCUCAAGGUCAUAGCAAUUACCUGUGUCAACGGUAACACUAUUGUCGACAACGUGGUGGUCAACGUCUUAAAGACUCUCAAAACUGCGAACCGUCUUGACAUUCCAGUGUACCGUGGGGCCUCGAAAUCCCUCAUAUUGACUCCUCCACAAGACUAUUAUUUCGGUGAAGAUGGAUUUGGGGACUUUGAGUUCCCAGAUCCGCCAGACCCUGAGGAGCUUUUACAGGAACAACACGCUGCCAUUGCCCUCAUAGAAACCGCAACUCGAUAUCCAGGAGAAGUGACCUUGCUGUGUUUAGGGCCUCUGACUAACUUGGCCCUGGCAAUUAGACUGGACCCGUCAUUUCUAACUAAACUAAAGCAGCUAGUGGUUAUGGGAGGCAGCGUUGAAGGUGUUGGUAAUAUUAGGUCGGGAAUAGAAUUCAACUUUUUUGUGGACCCAGAAGCUGCAUUUAUUGUAUUCAACUCUACUGACACGACCGAUGGAGACAUACAGCCAAUUAUAUUGGUGCCACUUGAAACAACAUCGGAGAGAAAUAUCCUAACCAAGGAGUGGCGUAAGAAUGUCCUUGGAAUUCUGUCAAGCCCAGAAGUACAGCUACUUAAUAAAGCUGAACAACAGCAACUGGAAGAAGACACUCUGUACUGGGAGUGUGCUGAUUGCCUAGCUGCUGCAGCCAUUGUAGAUCCGUCCAUCAUCAAAGAGUCCGCAACUUUUCGUGCACACAUCGCUGAAGAUGGAGCUAUCAGUCGAGGGGCUGUAUUUGUGGACUACAAAGGACGUGAAGAAAGCACUUCUAACGUUGUGAUUGUUAGAAGUAUUGAUGUUGAUCACUAUAUGAAGAUAUUAUUGAGCACCAUUGGAGGUGCCCCAGCAAGCUUGUAGGGUUGUAUAAUAAAUUACACUAACCCAACAAUGAUACACCUAAGAUAACUGUGUGAUUUAUGAUCUGGCUCUAAGUUUUAGGUCUACUUCCAAAAUAAUCAUACAGGAUGUAUAUAGGAUCCAAAGUCAGGGGCUGAAUUAUGACAGUUCAGUGUGUGCCCCCCUUGUAAAAGAAUGUUUUCCCAAAGUUAAUAUCAAAACAUUUCACUCUUCCAUAGAAAUUAUAAAAGGAAUAUUAUGGAACAGAUUAUUUCUCCCCCC